CCAACAGAACUAGAACUCCUCCUUAUCUCAACUAGUUAUAGGUUCCUAUAUAUAUUUUGGUUUGUAUUUGUAUAUGUCGUAGGCUUUUCAAACCAACGAAACAUCAUUUGAUGCAAUGGAAGGGUUCGUUCUGUGUUUAUCUGAUCUGGUUAUUUGCUUAAUGAACUUCUCUUAUGGCUCUGCCUAAAUUGUUGUGUUUUUGUUCCAGCUUGGACAAGAGAACGCCAGAAUCAAAUGGCUCAAAUGAGAUUAACCAGAAGAUUGUUAAGCAACUCUUUGAUGUUUCAUAUGUAGAUGUCAAAACUAUAUGCUCUUAUGGAAGAGUUGAAAGUGAAUCAGUUAGCGUUGAAGAAUGAUGAGGAGAUCGCUAGAUUCUUUAACUGUCUGGUUGAUGGAGAAGUCUGCUACCAUCAGACCUGGUGAUCCCUGCGAAAGUGCUUUGAAGCACAACAAAGACAAGGGAGUGGAGGUUAUUAACAUCAGCACAGAUAUCUCAUGCUCCUUGUCAAGAACCACUGCACCCAAGAUGUCAGACAAAGCUGCAAGUGCAAGGAAAAAGGUUAUUACCAUGUGUGUGGACUUCUUAACUCUAGAAGAGUUUUGUAAGGAAAAACGUGUGCGAUGGUUCUUACCACCAGCCUUUUCUAUGUCUGUGCAUGGAUAUUCUGAGGAGAAGAUUAGACGCGUGUACUGUUCAGAAGAUUUCAACGACUAUGAGAAGUUUGAGAGUCAAGAUGAGAGGCUUGAUCUAGCAUUGUAUUUGUUGAAUAACAAGGAGAAUGAGAUUAAAGAUGUGCUUCACCGGAAAGUUGUAAUGGAAAGUGGUGAAAGAAUUGAUGAAGUUGAGGGUACUGCUGAGAGGAGCGAAACACCCAAAAAAGAUGGGAAUUUUACUACUUAUAAGCUGUAGCUGGUUUUCCUUGUUCAAUAAUUAUAGACUCUUUAGAAGAAUAAACAUGACUAGGCUAUUGCGUUGGACUUUUAUUAAUAAUCCUGAUACUGUUUAGUUGUGGGAACGUUGUGGGUUUGAAUAUGGGGGACCUCGAUUUGUUUUAAUUCUUUAUGAGAGGUUGAUAUGGUGUGGCUAGUGGUUUUGUUUGUGUGCUUGUUUCGUGGAUGGGUACUGCUGGUUUUCCAUAUUGCAGCAACUGCGCAUUUUGUUUUGGCUCUAUUCUUAGGCUGCUUCUUGUACUCAUUGUUUUCUGCCUACUUCAUUCACGUCCUGUUUAAGGGACCAAAGAGUUUGAGGUUAUCAAAAACAAGCUCCAAGUAGCAGAUUCUGGAAUGAUGGAAUAGAAUAUUGCACAAGAGAUUAUAUCCUGCCGGAAAAUGACAAGCACAUGUAUUUGGUGGUUCGGAUGCCAAAUACACUACUGUUACUUGUGCCGCAAGGUUUUGAAGCGUACCAGUGACCAUUACGGACCAAAGAACUGCAAGCAACAUAUGGUAGCAUAGGCUUUGAAGUUCAGUCAUUACCAGAUGGAGGAUUCCACUCAGUUUUCAUCAAAGCAGACUUAGACCAGCUAGUGUUGACGAAUGUUAUAUUUUGAUUGAGUAGGCGUUUUACACUAGUCAAUCAAUGUAUAGAACUACCAAUUUGCCUCAUCAGAUUAGCAUGAUGUGGAACCUUCACACCCAUGCUUAAUUGUGGAAACAAAACUCAGAUCAAUGGGAGGAGAAUGAUAGUUGUUCUGUUUUUAUUGACUAGCUUGAUUUAUUGGAAACUUUGCUCU